UAGGAGCACUAAUAUAAAACUUGUCACAACAGGUUUGUGACGAGUUUGAGACGUAUCAUACGUAAGUAUUAAAUGAUCUGUGAAAACAAGGGAACUAAAGACUUCUCUACAAAUUGUUUUAAUGGAAACAAUGGAAUAGAGCUAAGAUAAAAAUUAAAAAAGAUUAUUUAAUUUUGACCAUUUGUCAGACUGUUCAGGAAUCAAGGCAAUGCAGAAUAUACGACCUUUAUUAAUACAUUUAGGACAUGAAAGUCAUCAACUGAACGCCAUAAUUUGAACAAUUUCACAACUAUACGAGCUAACUAGUUCUAAAAUUUCUUUUCGUGAUAUUCGUGGAUUUCUUGUUUCGUGAUAGCUUGGUGCCCCUACAGAAGGUUACAUAAAGAAAAUAUUUGCGAUUGGUUCAUAAAUUUUGUAGGAAAAGGUAAUUUGCCUUUCAUGUAAAGAUAAAAUGUACGAAUAGACUAUUACGACGAGUAAAUUAAUCAGAAUUGUUUUAAAAACUCCAAAGGCUUACUAGCGCUGUGAAUGGGCGUCAUGUUUUUCCUAUUAUUUUAUUAAUUUGUCUAGCGUAGUGCGACAAUACUAAUAGGUAUGUGCUUUGUAAUUAUGAAAUGCUAAUUUUAUGAUUAAACUGAAUUCAAUGUAUGUACAUGAAAUGGAUUUGUAAAAACUUAAUAAUUAAAAAAAAACUAAAUAUUAAACCUUUUUGAUACACUUAAAAGAUCGUUAUUAAAAUUAUGAUUAUAUAUUGCCCAAGAGGCCAUUUUGAUUGUAUCAAAUAUUCAAGAUUGUGUUCUGAUUGUUAAUGAGCAAACAUAAAAACAUGUAUGAUGUGGUAUGGUUACCUUUAUGAGCCAUCGACAAUAUACGCACUUUUCGGCUAGCUUGACCAUGGACCAAUAGUAUAGGCUAUGGUAAGCUUCACUAUGACAUGUUUUGUUGUCACACUGACAGUAACAUGACACUCAUGACACAUGACAGUUGUUUUGUCAACAAUCUGUGAGUGCAUCUGCUGGACUGUUGCAGAUUGAAAGAAAGUAAAUAUAACAUAAAACUUGAUCGAUAUAAACAUUGAAACUAUUUCAGCUUAGUGAAUAAAGCCAGUUUUAAAGAAGCUCUUUAAAGUUAUAAAAAUAAAAUGGCUGACGACGAGCAGGAUGCUAAAGAAUACCGGUGGGAAACAGGUUAUGAAAAGACUUGGGAAGCUAUCAAAGAAGAUGAAGAUGGUUUGGUGGAAGGACUGGUGGCGGAGUUCGCACAGAAGGCGGCGCGGAAGGCUGUGGUGCCUCGUCGAGGUCCAGUGAGGCUGGGCAUGAUGAGGCACGUACUUGUCGCUGUAGAUUGUUCUGAGGCUAUGAACUCGCAGGAUCUUAAACCAUCGAGGUUUCUCUGUACACUGAAGCUUCUAGAAAAGUUUGUUGAAGAAUAUUUUGAUCAGAACCCUUUAAGUCAACUUGGUUUACUAUUAAUGAAAAAUAAAAGAGCAGAAAAAUUGACUGAGCUUUCAGGCAAUGUAAGAAAGCAUAUUAAGUCAUUACAAGGAUUGACAGAAAUGGCUCUGAGUGGGGAGCCAUCUUUACAAAACACUCUGGAGUUGGCCAAUCGUAUCCUUAAACCCCUACCUGCACAUGCCUCAAGGGAACUUCUUGUAUUAUUUGCCUCUCUUACUACUUGUGAUCCCAGCGAUAUUACUACCACCAUACAGGCACUAAAAACUGAAGGAAUUCGUUGUUCUGUAAUUGGUCUAGCAGCAGAAGUAAGAAUUUGUAAGAAAUUAUGUCAAGACACGGGUGGAGAAUAUGGGGUGGUACUAGACGACGUGCACUACCGCUCCCUGUUACUGGACUCGACCAGUCCGCCGCCGCGGGCGCGCGCGUUGGACGCCGGCCUCGUCAAGAUGGGCUUUCCGCACUCCGCGCCGCCGACCAACCAGACCGACCCCGGGACUAACGCUGACCCACCCAUCACCGUCUGCAUGUGUCAUUUAGAGGAAGGCGAGGGUGUCGGCGGUGAGGGUCACCUGUGUCCUCAGUGUCGCAGCAAGUACUGCUCGCUGCCCGCGCAGUGCCGCACGUGUGGCCUCACCUUAGCAUCGGCCCCGCAUCUAGCCAGAUCAUAUCAUCACUUGUUUCCUGUCGAUCCCUAUGAAGAAAUGCCAAACGAGGGUCAAGCACAAUACUGUUUUGCUUGCUUAAGAAACUUCACAGACCUAGAUAAACAGGUAUAUCGUUGUACUCGCUGUCAUGAGUUUUACUGCUGGGAGUGCGAGAGCGUGGUCUCUACAACACUGCACGUGUGUCCGGGCUGCGCGUCGAGACCACACCUGUACCAGCGACUGCCGGAAGCCUCGUGAACACCAUAGACUAGACACGGUAGAGCCAGGUACUGGCAGCAACAAAAAUGAAUCAAUAGUGUAGUAUUAAUAAUAAAAAAAAAAAAUUUGAGUUUGAACCAGUUUUUAGUAGAUGUAGAUCAACAAACAACGAUUUAUCAUUUUUUUUGUAAAAAACAAAUGCGUCAAUGAAUUUCACCACAGACUCUGAUUCUGACUAAUGUUUUAAAUAUCUUCGUUCCGGCUAUCUCUUGCAGUAAGCAGACAAGUAUUAUAGACCCUGUCUAAUUAUA